AACCAAGAUUUCGCCGUUUUAUCAAUUUUGCGAUAUCAUCUGUAUUAUCUCCUUCUCUUCAAAGUACCUUCCCUCUUUAAAAUUCGUCUCGCAAAUCGUGAGAAGACAGAGAAUAUUAAAUGCUAUCAAGGCUCGGUCAAUAGGAAGCAUCCUCUAGAUACAGCGGACGAUACAUACCCAACGUCAAUCACGGAAGCCCUAGGUGCUAUAAACAUCGAAAAAGAUGAACCGGUUCCGUACGAGCCUCCUCUCGGCGAAAUCUUGGCCGAAGGCUCAACUUCCCGUAUUGCACGCGUAGCACCAGGAUUCGUUCGAGAUAUAAAGCGGAGUUUUGAGGUAGAAGAACGACUUCUGCAAAUCCUAGGACUGUAUCUAAGAAUAAUAGAGUUUAAGGGCGUCUUAGAAGACCCAUUCGGAUUGUUAUUCGCCGAAGUAAGCGAUAGAAAUCUACAGAACUACAUUAAUUAG